AUGCGAUUGUUCCUUAGCACCUUACUUCUCGCCUCACGUCUCGUUUCUGCAGAAGAUGGCUCGGCAGCAUGGUUGCGAUAUGCUCCGGUUACGCAAGCUAAGAAUUCUCGAUUGUUGCCCGCAGCAAUCAUCGCUCUCAACUCUACGAAAAGUAGCCCAGUUUAUACAGCAGGCCAGGAACUUCGAGACGGUAUCGCGGGUAUCUUCAGCAAAGAACUGAAUGUGAGCACUCAAGCAAGACGAACCUCCUCUGCCGUCAUCGUGGGGACAUUAACCGCGUAUACGAAUGAUUAUGGAGAUCUUGAAGACGCGGAAGAUCUGGAAGAAGAUGGUUUCUUCCUGAGUACAGAACAGGAUCAAGUCGUCAUUGUAGGACAUAACGAGCGUGGUGCUCUUUAUGGUGCCUUUGAGUACCUUUCUAGGUUGGCACAAGGCGAUCUUUCGCCAACAUCCUUUAUCUCAAACCCACAAGCACCAAUUCGAUGGACGAACGAGUGGAACAACCUAGAUGGGAGCAUUGAGCGUGGUUAUGCUGGCCCCUCUAUCUUCUUCCGCGAUGGUUUCGUCCUCGAGAAUGUUACUCGGGCUGCUGAAUAUGCUCGUCUUUUAGCAUCAAUCCGCAUCAAUGGAAUCAUCAUCAACAACGUUAACGCCAAUGCCACGCUUCUUACGGCACGGAACAUCGAAGGGCUGGCGAGAUUGGCGGACGCAAUACGACCAUAUGGUAUACAGCUUGGCAUAUCGCUCAACUUCGCAUCCCCGCGGGACCUAGGCGGACUGAGCUCUUUCGAUCCUCUUGACCCAAAGGUCGAUGCAUGGUGGAUGAAUAUCACCACGCAAAUAUACGCAAAGGUUCCAGACAUGAUAGGCUACUUGGUAAAGGCUAAUAGUGAAGGCCAACCGGGACCGCUGACCUAUAAUCGCACACUAGCCGACGGGGCCAACAUGUUUGCCAGGGCGGUAAGGCCUUAUGGCGGUGUUGUUAUGUUCCGUGCAUUUGUGUACGACAACCACAUUAGCCCGGCAAACUGGAAAGCUGAUCGGGCGAACGCGCAAUUAGAGUUCUUUCAACAUCUGGACGGAAAGUUCGAUGAAAAUGUGGUCGUGCAGAUCAAGUACGGCCCUAUCGACUUCCAGGUUCGAGAGCCAGCAUCGCCUUUGUUUGGGGCUUUACACAAUACGAGUACAGCCAUCGAGCUACAGGUCACACAAGAGUACCUUGGCCACCAAUGCCACCUGGUAUACCUCGCACCGCUUUGGAAGGAAAUACUUGGUUCUGAUCUGAGGGCUGAUAGUCGCUCGUCUAAAGUGAAGGACAUUGUUUCUGGUUCACGCUUCAAGCGACCGUUAGGUGGCUAUGCUGGCGUUGUGAAUGUUGGAACUAACUCAACCUGGCUCGGUAGCCAUCUGGCAAUGUCUAACCUCUAUGCAUACGGAAGGCUGGCGUGGGACGCGUCGCUCGAAUCUGAAGCAAUUCUUCAAGAUUGGACACGUCUAACAUUUGGUCUCGAUCAAGAAGUUCUGGAUACUAUCACCGAUAUGUCUAUGAAGUCAUGGCCGGCUUAUGAAAACUAUAGCGGCAAUCUGGGAAUCCAAACUUUGACGGAUAUUCUCUACACGCACUUUGGACCAAAUCCUGCUUCUCAAGACAACAAUGGCUGGGGUCAAUGGACACGCGCCGACAAAGCCAGCAUUGGCAUGGACCGCACGGUGAAAAAUGGGACAGGGAACGCAGGACACUAUCCACCUGAAGUCGCCCAGAUCUACGAGAAUAUUGAAACUACCCCAGACAACUUGUUACUCUGGUUUCAUCACGUGCCUUACACUCAACGACUCAAGUCGGGGAAAACGGUCAUUCAACACUUCUACGAUGCCCAUUAUGAAGGAGCUGACACAGCACAAGCCUUCGUCAGGCAAUGGGAGUCGUUGAAAAGCAAGGUUGAUAAUGAGCGAUGGAAUCAUAUCAUGUUCCGGCAGACAUUCCAGGCCGGGCAUGCACUUGUCUGGCGCGACUCCAUCAACCAAUUCUAUCAUAAUCUCUCCGAGAUUCCAGAUGAGUCCAAGCGCGUUGGAAACCAUCCGUACCGCAUUGAAGCUGAACAGAUGAGCCUUGUUGGAUACAAGCUAUAUAGCGUCAAUCCUUUCCAUGCCGCAUCGAGACAUACUGCUAUCGUCACGAACUCGAACAGCAGCGCGGGUAUUGCGACUGCAAAUAUAACUUUCGUUUCAGGAACAUACGAUGUGGCGGUUAAUUACUACGAUAUUAUCGGUGGGAAGGCGAGGUAUCAGCUCGAGAUCGAUAACCGCACCAUAGGCAAAUGGACGGGGAAUUUGGAAGACAAGUUGGGCCAUGCGCCUUCGAUCUACCUGGACGGUCAUUCAGCGACGCGCAUCACAUUCAAAGGCGUCGAAGUUAGGCAUGGGGAGACGGUAAGGAUUACAGGGCAACCGAAUGGCAUGGAGCCUGCGCCCAUCGACUACAUAUCAUUCCUGCCACCUGGGGUUGUCGAUUGA